AUGGCGAAGAAAGCGCCGUACAUCCCACCCCUCAUCGGGUGGUUGUAUGAUCUUGUCCUCUGGACGUUCUCGGUGUUGAUUGAUCUCUUCUUCCGCGAGGUGCACCCGCGGGGCUCCUGGAAGAUUCCUCGACGAGGACCGAUCAUUAUCGUGGCUGCGCCACAUGCGAACCAGGUAAAGUGGUCGGCCAACCCCCAUCCACGACCUAGUGCUAACCCGCGUCUCCCCGCACAGUUUGUCGAUUCCCUCGUUCUCAUGCGCGUGAUCCGGAGCGAAGCCCACCGUCGCAUCUCAUGGCUCAUCGCGGAGAAGUCCUUCCGUCGCAAGUUCAUCGGUUUACUGGCAAGGGGCAUUGGAACAUUGCCCGUGGCGCGUGCCAUGGACAACUUGAAGCCGGGCACGGGGACUGUGUAUCUGCCCGACCCUGUCAACGAGCCUACCCUGCUGCGCGGCGUGGGGACCAAUUUUGAGGGGCCAAGCUUCGAGCCGGAGGGGACGAUCGCUCUUCCAACAAUCAAUGGAACCUCACACAGUACGGCCAUUGCGGAAAUUCGCGGCCCGGAGGAGCUGGUUCUCAAGAAACCCUUCAAACACCGAGAUGCUUUGUCCCAGCUGACGGGAAGAAAGGACAUCGAUGAGGAAGGCAAAUUCACGGGCGAUGCAGCGGACCAGGAUUCAGAAUUCAAGGGCACCAAGUUCAAGGUCGCGCCACAUGUGGACCAAACUGCAGUCUACGAGGCGGUUUUCGCAAGAUUGAAUACUGGUGGCUGCGUCGGCAUCUUUCCGGAGGGCGGUAGUCAUGACCGGCCUUCCCUCCUUCCUCUCAAAGCUGGUGUGGCUUUGAUGGCCCUUGGUACCUUGGCGGACAAUCCGGACUGUGGUUUGAAGAUUGUGCCGUGUGGCAUGAACUACUUCCAUGCCCAUAAAUUCCGUUCCCGUGCCGUGAUCGAAUUUGGUAAUCCGAUUGAAGUCCCGAAGGAGUUGGUGGAACAAUUCAAGCAAGGCGAACGGCGUGAAUCCGUUGGUGCCCUACUGGACAUUAUCUACCAAAGCCUGGUGGCCGUCACGGUUACCAGCCCCGACUAUGAGACACUCAUGGUCAUCCAAGCUGCCCGUCGCCUGUACAACACCAAAGGCAAGAAACUCCCGCUUCCGAUGGUCGUGGAGCUCAACCGUCGGCUUGUGAAAGGAUAUGCGCAUUUCAAGGACGAUCCACGAAUCGUGAAUCUUCGGAACUCGAUUGUGAGUUACAACAAACAACUACGAAUCCUGGGCAUCCGAGACCACCAAGUGGCCUAUGCCAAAUUUUCUAUUUUGCAAGUAAUUGCUACGUUGAUUUACCGAUUGGGAAAGCUCGCCCUUCUCACUAUUGGAACCUUGCCUGGACUCCUUCUCUUUACGCCUGUUUUUGUCGCGACGAAAUAUUUGUCGAUCAAAAAGUCCAAAGAGGCGUUGGCUGCCUCAUCCGUCAAGCUCCAGGGUCGCGAUGUGAUGGCCACUUGGAAGCUUCUUAUCGCCCUUGCAUUUGCCCCUGCCGUUUAUGCCUCUUACACAGCGACGUUCACCUACUGGACGUAUCGGAAUCGAAUUCAAGGCUACGUUCCGGACUGGGUGCCACUCUGGACGAUUGUGAUGAUUGGCGUCGUGUUGUUCCCUACCAUUACAUUUGCGGCUCUCCGCAUCGGCGAGGUGGGUAUGGACAUCGUCAAGUCACUCCGGCCGUUGGUUCUUUCCUUGAAUCCGUCCUCCGCCAACUCAUUGGUGAAACUUCGAGAGAAGCGUGCGAUGCUUGCGCAGCAAGUAACCGAUGCCAUAAACACCAUGGGACCCGAGCUGUUCCCCGACUUUGACGCAGCCCGGAUUGUUACUGACCCGUUCCGAGAGGUUGGUCAUGGCGAAGGCGCUGCUGAAGGCGAAACGCAGGAGAUCAAACGGGCUCGGGCUCGCGAUUUGGGCGAAGGCUCGACUUCUGCAGAGCCCCUUCCUCGAAAUGAAUCGUUCCACAACCUGGCCAACAUUGGCUUCUUCUCGACCCGACCUCCUAGCCGGGAUCACAGUCGUAGCAGCUCGACGGGCCCUCGUCCGGGUUCGCGUCACGGGCUCAAGCCGUUGAGCCCUCUCACCACCCAGAAGGAUCCGCUCGAAGAUGUCAGUUCCCGCAUUCGGGAUGCCAUGCGAGAACGUGGUGAACGAAGACGUCGCCGCAGUGAAGAUGGUAGUUGGGAUAUGGCCAGCUCGGGCCCGGGAACACCAUCCAGUGCGGGCGACGAGUCGCGGAAGGAUCUAUGA